AUGACCCCAACCCAUCCAAACCCUCUCUACAAAACACACCCAUGGAUAUCCCCCACAAAUCCACCCGUAUCCAACGCCCCCAUGCUCAACAUCGCCACAGCCCCCCUAGCAACCUCUGUAUCCGCAGCAGGCGGGAUCGGAUUCAUAGCAGCCGGAUACGACACCACGGGUCUGGAGACGCAGCUCCGUGAGGCGACAACACUCCUCAAGAACCUAGAUCCAUCAAACCCAGCACGGAGAUUCCACACCGAAACAGGAAUCCUCCCACUAGGCGUGGGGUUCCUGAACUGGGGCGCCGAUUUGGAGAACGCAAUGCAGAUCCUGAGCGAGCACCGGCCGGCCGCAGUGUGGCUCUUUGCGCCAAGGGAUAUGCCCGCGGAUUUGAAACCGUGGGUGGAUGCUAUCCGAGGCCUCGAUGAUGAUGCUUCUGCUGCUGCAGGCGUCCGCGCCGAGUUUCAUACACCACCCACCCAGAUCUGGGUCCAGAUCGGUACAGUGCACGAAGCCACAGCCGCACUGUCAACCCUAUUUCCAGAUGUACUCGUUGCACAGGGCCACGACGCCGGCGGCCACGGGCUAGCGCGCUCAGCUUCAAUUGUCACUCUCGUCCCCGAGAUACAUGAUACUCUGCUGCAGCGCGACCCGUCGGCUCAACAUAUCCCCAUUGUUGCAGCGGGCGGUAUUGCUACGGGACGGGGCCUGCUCGCGGCACUGGCUCUCGGGGCCAGUGGCGCAGUCAUGGGAACCCGUUUUCUGGCUGCCACAGAGGCCCAGGUGGCAGCCGGGUAUCGGCGUGAGAUUCUGCGCGCAUCCGAUGGAGGCGCGAGUACGGUUCGCUCCACUGUUUAUGACCGCGUGCGCGGGAUUCAUGGUUGGCCCGCCCGCUACGAUGGGCGCGGGAUGAUUAAUCGGAGUUACGUGGAUGCCGUACAUCAUGGGAUGGAUGAUGAGCAGAAUCGCAGCUUAUAUCGCGCAGAAGCCUCCAAGGGUGAUGAGGGUUGGGGACCGUCAGGCCGCAUGACAACAUAUGCAGGGACGGGUGUUGGUCUCAUUACCCAAGUUCUGUCUGCGAAGGAAAUUCUCGCGGAGGUAUGGGCGGAGACUAAGGCCGUUGCUGGGAGAUUGGGGUCUUUGUGA